AUGAAGAUUAUCAUUCCCAUUAUCUUCAUCAUUUUUUGCCUUCUCUUCUCAUUCUCUUCCUCUCAGCCUUCUAUGUUCGAUUUUUGUGUUGCAGAUUUCUCAGCUCCUUAUGGCCCUGCUGGAUAUUCCUGCAAGAACCCUGCAAAUGUGACUCCCAAUGAUUUUUAUGGGUCUGGUUUAGGUGUUCCCAGCAACACAGCAAAUACAUUCAAAAUCGGUGAAACGGUUGUGAAUGUUGAAAACCUUCCAGGUCUGAAUAGUCUAGGUGUUUCCUUGUCUCGUCUAGAUGUUGCAGUUGGUGGGGUUGUGCCACUUCACACACACAUCCUGACGCUACAGAAGUUCUUGUGGUGUUACAAGGCUCUAUGA